AUGCUGAAGCUAGUCGCUGACUCCCGGAAGGGAGGAGGUGGAGGAGGGAUUGGAGGGUGUGAGAUGCUCCCCUCACGCCCCAUUCUGUCUGUCUCCCUGCGGGUGAUCAUCUACGGAACGUGUGCCUUGGCACUGGUCAACACUGUGGCUCUCCUAGUGCUCCUAGUGCAACAGAACCAGCUGUGGAGCCGUGUGGAGCUCACCGAGGCCAGGCUGGAGGAGGUGGAACAGAGCUCCGUGGUGGAGUUCCUCCAGGAGGUGCCCCGAGAAGGUGUAGCAGCAGGAGGCGCAGGGAGGCUGGCGGAGCUAAGAGGAGGCCCAGGGUGGCUUGCAGGGCUGCGUGGAGGAGGUGCAGGAGGAGGUGAAAGGGGUCUGGGGAAGGAGCAGGGGGAGUACCAGUACUCCCGUAACAAGAGGAGUCGUGAGCUGGAGAGGGAGCUACAACAGGAGUUAAAGGAGGAGCUGAGGCUAGAGCUGAGGGAGCUGAACCAUCAGAAGAGCCAGGAACUCCUGCAAGAGGUGACUCAGGGGCUACAUCAGGGGCAGGAGGUGACCCAGGGGCAGGAAACGGGGCGAGGUGGACUGGACACAGGAGAGGAGGUACACCCUGAGUUGAGAGAGGAGUUACACCACGGGUUGAGGGAAAAGAUGGACAAGGAGAUGGACAAGGAGAUGGACAAGGAGAUGGGGAAGGAGAUGGGUAAGGAGAUGGGUAAGGAGAUGGGUAAGAAGAUAAGACAUGAGCUGAACCACAAACACAGGAAGACAAAGGGUUUCCAGAAGACUGAGAUACAGGACGACAUGAUGAUGAUGAUGACCUAUUCUAUUGUGCCGGUCAAAGUGUUGUUGGAUAUCUGUAACAGCACCAAGGGAGUCUGCAUAGCUGGACCACCCGGCCCUCCUGGCACUGAUGGCAUCCCAGGACUAGACGGUCUGCCUGGGCACAAUGGCACUGAUGGCAUCCCAGGACUAGACGGACUGCCUGGGGCUGAUGGAAAACGAGGGAAGAGAGGUACCACAGGUGAGAAAGGUGAGCCGGGGGAGAAAGGAGAUAGAGGAGACCCUGGACCCGCAGGAGAGAAUACACAAUCGUCCAACGAUGUCAUCUUGGAGGGCCCCCCAGGUCCGGCUGGUCCUCCUGGUACUCCAGGCCCCAUUGGCCCUCCUGGACCUCCUGGCCCACAAGGACCCCAGGGGCCCCCCAGAAACAGGAGCCACCGGGUCAAUCUUUCCAUCCACGCUGCCCAGACCCUGGAGUGCAUCAUCAAGUCACUGAUCAACCCCCGUAACGUAUCUAAGAUGGAGAGUACGUUCGGAACGUGGAUGAAAGACACGGCUGUGCUGAACGACAAACGCAUCUGGGUGGCCGAACACUUCUCUGGUCGCACGUUGAAGGAGUAUAAGAGCAUCACCUCAUUCCAGAAUGCCACCAGUGAGGUCAUCGACGGCAGGAAGUUCUACCAGGGGUGUGGCCAUGCCGUUCAUAACGGUUCCUUCUACUAUCACAUCGCCGGAACCACCAACCUGGCCAGGUUCGACAUGCAGUCCAAGCGUCUCCACACCCUGGCCAUCGACAAUGCUCUGUACCACAACCUGUCCUACCUUCUCUACAACUCCAAGACCUACUUCAAGCUUGCGGCGGAUGAGAACGGCCUGUGGCUGAUCUUUGCCUCCAGUUUGGACGACAGCAUUAUGGUGGCCCAGCUGGACCUGAAGAGCUUCUCCGUCACAUCGUACAUCAACACCACCUACCCCAGGACCAAGGCCGGCAACGCCUUCGUGGCCUGUGGCGUGCUCUACAUCACCGACACCAAGGACACCCGUGUGACCUUCGCCUUCGACCUCCUGAAGGGGAAACCGGUCAACGUGACCUUUGACCUGAGGUCCCCUGGCGGGGUGCUGGCCAUGCUGUCCUAUAGCCCCAAUGACAGACACCUGUAUGUGUGGGAUCAGAGCUACGUGAAGCUGUAUGUGGUGCACUUCAUCUCUGAUGACUGA